CUCCGUAAUGCCAUACAAGAGACCCAAUAUUUACAAGAGAGACCACCGAAUAUCUAAAAUGCUAAUUUCCAAUUUAGAGAAAGACUGUGUGGUUUGAAAUAUUGCACUUGGGAUUUUUAAAUGCUAGCUGCCCUGGAUUGAUCCCCUCCUGCUUCUGCUCUUUAUGUCCUUCAAAGUUCAAACUGAUGCCAGAGCAGAACCUCUCGGGCUGUGUGGAAUUCUCAGGUCUUUAAAAAAGGGAUCUUCAUUAAGGUUCCCUCCUCUGGGCCUUCCCUGCCUUGUUACAAGCUGCACCAGACUCUCACCAGCAUUCAAAACGUCCCUUGCUCUGGGCGCAUUUUGCAACAGAGAAUUUCAUUAGCACGAGGAGUUUCUGAGAUCUGGGUGCAGUACUGCGCCUAAGAUUUCAGAUUAAAACUGCAGAGUGGAAGGAAAGGAGGGCCUUUUUCUGCCUCCCCACUUCCAGCUACUCUCUGAAGACUGGAGAAGAAUAUUAAGAAUAUUAGGGGGGUGAGCAGGGUAAGGACUACACCAUGGGUAGGCAAACGAAGGCCCAGGGGCCGGAUCCGGCUGAAUCGCCUUCUAAAUCCAGCCUGCAGACAGUCUGGGAAUCAGCAUGUUUUUACAUGAGUAGAAUGUGUGCUUUUAUUUAAAAUGCAUCUCUGGGUGAUUUGUGGGGCAUACAAAUUCAUUCAUUAUUUUUUUUUUCCAAAAUAUAGUCCAGCCCCCCACAAGGUCUGAGGGACAGUGGACCAGCCCCCUGCUGAAAAAGUUUGCUGACCCCUGGCCUAGACUGUGUGAAAAACGAACAUAAUAUUUUAGCUGCAGUUCAUUCAUUUUCAGCUUUGUAUUCUUGAUAUAUAUAUAUACAGUCAUACUCCGGGUUGAAUACACUUCGAGUUGAGCGCGUUCGAGUUGCGCUCCGCUGCAACCUGGAAGUAACGGAGCAAGUUACUUCCGGGUUUCGCCGCUUGCACAGAUGCUCAAAAUGACAUCACGCACAUGCGCAGAAACGGCGAAAAGCGACGCGCGCGUGGGCAGACGUGCUGUCGCUAGUUACGUUUGCGUCUAGAUGCAAACGGGGCUCCGGAAUGGAUCCCAUUCGUAUCUAGAGGUACCAUUGUAUAUAAAAAGUGCACCUAGACAUUCUGUUGUUGCACCCAUAACCUAGGUUUAAGUUGCCAUUUAGCUCCUAGCUUUCAUAUCUCGGUUUCUAUCACUCACAUAAUAAAGCUUGAUCCCAUUGGAUCUGCAGCUAUGAAAGAGAUAGGUGUUGCGGUUGAAGUGAUAAGUUCAUAAGAUUAAAAAUAAGCAGAAGAGAAAAGGCAGCACAAAUAAAAUUCACCCUCAUCCCUUGUGGGUAGCACAGCCUUUUCCUUUCCUUUCUUCUCUUCUCUUCUAGAGAAUCAUCUGCCACGGAUGCUUUAGCUGAGAUUCCUGCAUCGCAGGGGUUGGACUAAAUGACCCCAACUCCACAAUUCUAUGAUUCAGAUCCAAGCUUUCAUCAGCUACUUAACUCUAUAUUGUGCAAGGCUGAUUUAUCCCACGUUUUAAGCUCUUUUUACACACCCCACUGUUUCCUAAUUCCCAACAGCUGAGGGAAUCGUGUGUAAGAUUCCCAGGCAACCUUCCCACUUCUCUUAAAAGGACCAGGCUUGCUUAACUUCAGAACGGCAAUAGUUUACUUCGCAAACUUUCAGGCUGCAAUCCAACACCUGUGUUGUUUCAGGUGAGGGAUGGACUCAGUAAGGAAUUAUGGGAAAGCUUUCUCCUAAUUCUCGCCCAGUUCUCCAUUCACCCAGGUGUUGAAAAUAAAUAAAAAAUAUGAGCGGUGCAGUCUUAGACUUCUAAGAGCAGACUUCAGUAUCCACGGCUAGCAAAAUUCUCCUGAGAAAGACCUCACCACUCCUUAAAAAGGUAAAGGGACCCCUGACCAUUAGGUCCAGUCAUGGCCGACUCUGGGGUUGUGGUGCUCAUCUCGCUUUAUUGGCCGAGGGAGCUGGCGUACAGCUUCCGGGUCAUGUGGCCAGCAUGACGAAGCCACUUCUGGCGAACCAGAGCAGUGCAUGGAAACGCUGUUUACCUUCCCGCCGGAGCGGUACCUAUUUAUCUACUUGCACUUCGAACUGCUAGGUUGGCAGGAGUCACCACUCCUUACUACAAUGUAAUUUCAUGUUCAGUUUCUGUCAAUCUCACAUCUUCAAUUUCAACUGCAAUUGUUAGGCAGAUCCAGCCUUUGUUUGCAUUGUUUUUCAGUCACACUCCCUACUGAUGUUUCCGGGAACCACACCCCAGAUGAUUGCAGCAGGCUCAAAGAUGUGAUGUAUGCCCUACUUUUAUUAUGGGAUAUAUUACCUGCGUGUUUCCAUGCCUUCUAAUUAGUUUCCAGCAACUGCAUAACUAAUUUCAGACAUGGGGUAUUUUUUCCCCACCCCCUGCCCAAUGUUUUGACAUUACCACUCAGUGCCGGAUUUACGUUUAAGCUAAACAAGCUAUAGUUUAGGGCCCCACUCUCUUGGGCCCCCCCAAAAAAUUAAAGGGGAAAAAACACCUGGAUGUACAUUGCCAAAAUAUGAGAUAAAAAACAAAUAAAAAAACCUACAUACAGCAACAGUGUUUUGUGUUGUGUAGGCUCCUAUGAUGUAAGACAUGGUGAUGUAAGUAAUGCUAGCCUGCUCCCUAACAUAUCCCUGGUUUGCUCAUUUCUAUAUACAGUGGUACCUUGCUUCUCAAACUUAAUCUGUUCUGGAAAUGGUACCUCGGGUUAAAUACUUAAUUCGUUCCGGAGGUCCAUACUUAACCUGAAACUGUUCUUAACCUGAAGCACCACUUUAGCUAAUGGGGCCUCCUGCUGCUGCCGCGCCACCAGAGCACGAUUUCUGUUCUCAUCCUGAAGCAAAGUUCUUAACCUGAAGCACUAUUUCUGGGUUAGCAGAGUCUGUAACCAGAAGUGUAUGUAACCUAAAGUGUAUGUAACCCGAGGUACCACUGUACUUCUUCUUAAUUUUAUUUCACUAUUAAUAUAAUAUAUUCUUAAUUGUAUUUCAGUUAAACAAUUACCGUAUUUUUUGCUCUAUAAGAUUCACUUUUUCCCUCCUAAAAAGUAAGGGGAAAUGUGUGUGCAUCUUAUGGAGCGAAUGCAGGCUGCGCAGCUAUCCCAGAAGCCAGAACAGCAAGAGGGAUUGCUGCUUUUGCUGCGCAGCGAUCCCUCUUGCUGUUCUGGCUUCUGGGAUUCAGAAUAUUUUUUUUCUUGUUUUCCUCCUCCAAAAACUAGGUGCGUCUUGUGGUCUGAUGCGUCUUAUAGAGUGAAAAAUACGGUACUUUGAUAAAAUACGUAUCUUGUUAUGUGCAAAUGGCUUUAGAUACCUAUGAGGUCCAUAAAUUACCAUAUAGCAUGUAUCUCACACAAAAAACAGUGACAAUUUGUUGUUGACAAAGGAUAGCUGGACAUAUAAAGGACCCCAUUACCUUCAGUAGCUUAGGGCCUCAUCAAACCUAAAUCUGGCCCUGUUACCGCUACUCAGAAUCUGAGCUUGGCAGCUCCAUCAACGACUGCACAUGAGGUAGAGAUGCUAGGCAUUUCAUCAGGUUGGCAGAUAUCCAUAGGCCUUUUUUGCACAUAAUGCUAAACCAUGGUUUAUUAAAUCAUAGUUCCAUUGGUAGCCUGAGCCCUGUCCAAAGGCUUAACGAUAGUUCAUUUAUUGCCACCAAACCACAACCUUAAGCCAUGGUUUCUUGGUUGCUCACAGAACUUGGUUUAACUAUUGCUUGGCAUGAUGUGUGACUCUUGUCGCUCUUUGUGAACCAAUGGAAUUUUGCGUCUGGGAGGGUUGCCAUAUUUCAAAAUCUGGAAAGAAAAGUUGCUGAGCUUUUUUUAUUUUUUGGGGAAAUCAGCAAAAGCAACACUUCCGACAUGGACUGCCAUACGGCUGGAUUUUCCCAGACCUUUUGCUUAUUCCCACCCGGACACUGCUUGCGGGUGCAGUAUUCCGUGUAUGUCCAGGAAAUUCCAGACAUAUGGCAACCCUAGAAUCUCUCUGCCUUUGCUUUCCUCACACCCUUUUUUCUUUGCUGCCUUGGUUAUUGAGCAAACCAAAUUAUGCCAGCGUUUAAUGACUUGUAACAUCAUUGAAUGGUUUUGUUCUUUACGAACUAAUUAAAUUGGUCUUGGUCAAGUUUGCGUGUCCUUUGCAAAAGGAAGUUUUCCACAUCUUCUUCAGAAGACUUGCCAGCUCUUUAAUCCUUUUCACGAGUGAGUAAACCAUCUUUGGAAAUGCUGUUGGCUUGCCACACCUAGGCGUUUAAUGUGUUUGUUUCUCCAGAGCUGAUGAGCUUCCUGAAGUUUUUGCAUCGCCUAGUGCAGGGCACCAGGUUUGCUUAUGAGGACAGCUGCACCUCCAUCAUUUUUAAAUAUAUAUAUACCGUAUUUUUUGCUCUAUAAGACUCACUUUUUCCCUCCUAAAAAGUAAGGGGAAAUGUGUGUGUGUCUUAUGGAGCGAAUGCAGGCUGCGCAGCUAUCCCAGAAGCCAGAACAGCAAGAGGGAUUGCUGCUUUCACUGCGUAGCGAUCCCUCUUGCUGUUCUGGCUUCUGAGAUUCAGAUUAUUAUUUUUCUUGUUUUCCUCCUCCAAAAACUAGGUGCGUCUUGUGGUCUGGUGCAUCUUAUAGAGCGAAAAAUGUGUUAUAUAUUAACAGCACAAUCCCAAAUCCAAAUAAGCAAGCAAAGAAAUGAGAUUGAUCCGUAGAGAAUUCUGAGAACCCCCCACACAGUGAAGCAGUGUGAAAUAAAUAUGAAGUGGUAUUAGGAACAAAAAACUCAAUUGUUCAAACCUGUAAACAUGUUUAACAAAAAAAAAGUGAACAAAAAUAUUACAUUUAAUUUAGUUUUCAGGUUUCAAGAGCAAAGGAAGAAGCUCUUAUGUUCUGAUUUGGUUAAAAAGGAUACUACCCCUUUGAUGGGACGCGGGUGGCGCUGUGGGUUAAACCACAGAGCCUAGGGCUUGCCAAUCAGAAGGUCGGCGGUUGGCGGUUCGAAUCCCCGCCAUGGGGUGAGCUCCCGUUGCUCAGUCCCAGCUCCUGCCAACCCAGCAGUUCGAAAGCACGUCAAAGUGCAAUUAGAUAAAUAGGUACUGCUGUGACAGGAAGGUAAACGGCGUUUCUGUGCGCAGCUCUGGUUCGCCAGAAGCGGCUUAGUCAUGCUGGCCACAUGAACCGGAAGCUGUACGCCGGCUCCCUUGGCCAAUAAAGCGAGAUGAGCGCUGCAACCUCAGAGUCGUCCACGACUGGACCUAAUGGUCAGGGGUCCCUUUACCUUUUUACCCCUUUGAUGCACAGAAUGAAACAACCGUUUCCUCAAAGUGCGAUUCAUGGAUUAAUGGAUGCUUGUGUUUUCCAAUUAUUAUUUAUAAAAUAUUUCUAUGGCUCUCAUAGCCCUAGGGCAAUCAGGACGGCUUAAAUGGAUAUAAAACAGAAAACAAAUUAGAAUGAAACAAGCAAUGACAAGCUCCCCACCUCCUGGAAAAAAAUAUCCAGCCUCCCCUAGUUCAAAGCCGUAAAUGUGUGCGCUGGAAUCUGGGUGCGCCUUUACGCUUACACUAAAACACAUUUCUAAUUUCCUUAUGGCAGGAAUGCGAUCUCGGCGAGCUGGCUGCCUUAGCAAUUCACUGCAAAAGCAAGGGAGAGUCGUGCAAAAGCAGACAACAUCCGUGCGUGCAUUUUUUUUAUUUCUGGGAGGCGCUGGAAGAAUCAGAAACUACAAAUCCCACAAGCCACCGCGCUCUUGCUUUACGACUUUGUUUAUUUUUUUAAUUCCCCGGGCCUUUCUCUCUCUCUCUCUCCGUCCCCUGCUUCCUGCUGCAAAGAUGGCUGGAUGCAGCAGCAGCAGCAGCAACGGAUCCGCUUCGCGGAGGAGCGACAUCCCCGAGUACGAGACGCCGGAGCUGAACACGCGUCUUUUGCACGUGGGAACCUUCGGGGAUCUCUGGAAGGAGCGGCUGCGCGAGGCGGAGCUCUCCCUGCAGCCCGAGGCGCCCGCAGACGAGGACGAUGCCGCGCUGGUGCAAGAGCUGGGCUGCACGCCGGAGGUCGCGGCCGAGCUGAGGGCCGUGUGCAGGUGGGACGGCCGGGUCCGGGGCUCUGGCCCCCGAACAGCUGGGCUGCAAAGUUCCUCGGCCCGUCUUUCACCCCGCAUGGAGAUGGCAGGACUCUAGGGCGCGCACCAGUGCCGGAUUUACGUAUAAGCUAAACAAGCUAUAGCUAAGGGCCCCACUCUCUUGGGGGCCCCCCAAAAAAAAUUCAAGGGGGGAAAAACUGGAUGUACACUUCCAAAAUAUAAGAUAAAAAGCAAAUAAAAUAAAACCUACAUAACGGCAAGAGUGUUUUGUGUUGUGUAGGCUCCUAUGAUAUAAGUCAUGGGCCCCACCUGCUAGCCUGCUCCCUAAAAUAUCCCUGGUUUGCUCAUUUCUGUAUAGAGGGUACCUACAUUAUGCAUGUGCAGAUGGCUUUAGAUACCUAUUCGGUCCAUAAAUGACCAUAUAGUAUAUAUUCAACACAAAAAAACAGUGACCAUUUGUUGUUGACAAAGGACAGCUGGACAUAUAAAGGGCCCCAUUACCUUCAGGAGCUGAGGGCCUCAUCAAACCUCAAUCCGGCUCUGGUGCGCACAGCCUUCCCAAACCCCACUGAACCCCCUUGCAGAAAGAAGUCUUGCUAGCGUUCCAAAACAGGAUUGCAACUAGGGUGGCCACCUCCCCCCCCCCGUGACAUCAAAGCAAUCCAUUGCAAUCUAUUGCAGCCUAACAGGAUGGCCCCUUUGAAAUCUUUAAAAUUUUAUUUAUGGUUUUCACUGUUACAGGUACUUUACAGUCAUGAAAACAAUACAUUAAACAUUGCCUUCCUCCCCCCCCCCCCAACUAUCCAUUGCUGCUGCAUAUUCUAGUCCUUCCAUAACCUCUCUCUUGUUUUAUCUCGGCAGGAUUUAUGCUGCUGAAUUUACUCUCACCCUGCUAACGUUUUACGGUGAUUCUUCAUAUAUUCUACAAACAUUUCCCAGUCCCCCUUCGAUACCCUUUGUGGCCCCUCUGGAAAUUGUCUCUCUUUUACACACACACACAAAUGUGCAACUUUGCCUGUGCUUGACAACCCAGAGCUUAAACACAUGGCCUUGCACACGCCUUUUCUGACACAUGCAUUUGGAGACGAUCCCUAACUUGGCACACACAAACACACACACACACACACACACAGAGAGAGAGAGAGAGAGAGAGAGAGAGAGAAAGAGAACCUGAAAUACAGGACAAAACUGUACCAAUGCUACAGUACUUAGCAUUUUGCACUGAAAUACGGGAUAAUCCUGUAUUAUACAGGACAGGUGGCAACCCUAAUUGCAAGCUUAAAGCCAGAAUCAUGGCUCAGACCCACGGAGGCAGACAAUGCAAAAGGCUAGAGAGGCUGCAGGUAGGCUGAAUGUCCGGUUGCCAUGGAGCUGUCCAAAUGAAUGGCGGCCUGGUGGCCUUGGCUGUUGUUGUGACUAGGCAGUGGGUGAUCUCCCCUUAUCCUUAGCAACAAGUGCUUCUGCUCUCUGUCUUUAUUUUACUGUGGGUUUUAUUUCAUUGUUCUUGUUUAGUCGUGUCCGAUUCUUAGUGACCCCAUGGACCAGAGCACACCAGGCACUUCUGUCCUCCACUGCCUCCCACAGUUUGGUCAAACUCAUGUUAGUAGCUUCGAGAACACUGUCCAGCCAUCUUGUCCUCUGUUGUCCCCUUCUCCUUGUGCCCUCUAUCUUUCCCAACAUCAGGGUCUUUUCCAGGGAGUCUUCUCUUCUCAUGAGCUGGCCAAAGUAUUGGAGCCUCAGCUUCAGGAUCUGUCCUUCCAGUGAGCACUCAGGGCAGAUUUCUUUCAGAAUGGAUAGGUUUGAUCUUCUUGCAGUCCAUGGGACUCUCAAGAGUCUCCUCCAGCACCAUAAUUCAAAAGCAUCAAUUCUUUGGCGAUCAGCCUUCUUUAUGGUCCAGCUCUCACUUCCCUACAUCACUACUGGGAAAACCAUAGCUUUAACUAUACGGACCUUUGUUGGCAAGGUGAUGUCUCUGCUUUUUAAGAUGCUGUCUAGGUUUGUCAUUGCUUUUCUCCCUUUAAAUAGGGACCCUUUAAAAUCUCAACACAGCUUCUUGUUGGCCUUCAAGGAGAACAGUCCUGUUCCCCGCAACUGAAUUUGAACGGAGAGGAAGUUGGAGGGAGCAGUCAGCUGCCUGUUACAGCAACCCGGGCAGGGAAGGGGUGAUUUGGGGUGGGAAAUCUAAAGCUGCUGGAUCCAUACCUCUGGCCCUUGCAACAAGCGCUGGACUUGCUGCAUUACAAAGUUAUGGGCGCCUACUCUCUACCCAGGCCUUUUGAAGUUUAUCCACCCCCCGCCAAAAGAAGAGAGAUUAUUUUCACACAUAAUACCUGAGUUUGGGUUGGGUUGGCAUCAUUGGGCCCAUGGUCCAGUGGGCAGCUCCUACUGCUCCUUGGGGGUUACCAGGCCCUGUUUCUCUUAUGUCCCUACAACCUCUACUUUCCCCCUUGAGUAAACAAGCAGUGGUGGAGCCACAUGGACCUCGCUGCAAGGACGGGAGGGCCAGGCGACACAGUGGUGCGCCUGGCUUUGAGUUUCUCUGCCUACUCUCUGCUCCCAGGUUUGGGGCUGGUUUGCAAUGAGAUGCUCACUUGGUUAGACGCUGGCCAGCGAGGGGACUGACCGCUGCCCAGUCCACGGGGGGAGCACAACACGUGCCCCGCCCUGGGGCACCAGCAACCCAUGCUACGCUAGCAAGGAGAAAGCACAGUGGGAGCCUUCUCGUAGCUCGUGCUCUCCUCGUGAGAAGCAGAUGCACAUUGGGUCCAGAAGGAGAAGCGAGUGAAUGGGCAGUGGCCAAAGGGAAGAGGGCAUCUGGACCGAAGGGCUCCCCAGUCUAGACACGGUGCUGGUUGCAAGCUUUCAUUCCCACUGGUGCAAAAUCAUAGCUGCUUCACCAAUCCAGCAUUUGUUUCCAGUCUCGAAGGAGAUUCUAAUAAAGGGCUACUCCAAUAUGAAUGUCCUCUCCAGCGAAUGAAACAAAUUGUUAUAUUAUUUCAGCAGAUCCGUCAUGGAUUGCACGCUUAUGCAAGAAGGACAUCUUACAAGAACACCACUUUUCUUAGAAAAAGCUCUUCGUUGCUUCUCUCGGUCCAAUCAUAACGUACUUUACCCUCACCCCUAGACCAGUCUUCUCUUGUUUCUAGGAAUGCAUCACAAAACGGUGCUAAACUUUAGGGUUUUGAUGCCUGCCUAUGCUUUUUCAUUCAUGGAAGAUGGUCAGCAUCUUACUAGCAUGUGGGGCCCACCAGGGGGUGUGAGUAUGUCCCCCGUCUUUCCAAACAUCCAGAUUAUGCCAAGGGGCAUGACACUGCAAGAACAAUUCCCCUCUUUGGAAUGGCAAGCACUGUAAUAACCAAGCGGGAACAAUGUACUAGCCAAGCACCUUCACUGACCUGGCUUCCUCCAGAACGUGCUUGCUGGGGCUCAUUGGAAUUGUAGUCUAGUUGGCUCCUGUAGUGUAUAUACCAUGGAUAGGCAAACCAAGGCCUGGGGGCCAGAUCUGGCCCAGUCGCCUUCUAAAUCAGGCCCAUGGACGGUCCAGGAAUCAGUGUGUUUUUACAUGAGCAGAAUGUGUGCUUUUAUUUAAAAUGCAUCUCUGGGUUAUUUGUGGGGCAUAGGAAUUCGUUCAUUUUUUCCCCCUUCAAAAUAUAGCCCGGUCCCCCACAAGGUCUGAGGGACAGUGGACUGGCCCCCUGCUGAAAAAGUUUGCUGACCCCUGGUCUAUACAGAGGGUGGAUCUACACACAGGGGGGAAAACCACACACUAUAAAUAAGUCAGAAAUUAAAUCAUUAUAACAAAAGGGGGGGGGGGAACAGUAUGGAAAACUGCAUAGAUUUUUUUUUUUACUCUCCACCGCCACCUGAUGUUUCAUAUUUAUAACGCAUUCAGAACACUGUUUUUUGACCACUGUAGCUAAGUCCUAUUUCUCAACUGUGCUAUUUCAGAUUGUUAUUGCAACUCAUUAUUGACUGCUCCUUGGGGGGGGCGGGGAAUCAAACAGACUCAACUCUGCAUGUUGAAAGCUAGCCUUUCAGAGUUGAGUUAAGUAAAAAUAAUUUCCCCUUGCAUGCUAAUUUUCUAUCUUCAAUUAUCUUAAAGGUAAAAGUAAAGGGACCCUUAAUCGUUAAGUCCAGUUGUGGACGACUGGGGUUGCGGCGCUCAGCUCGCUUUACUGGCCGAGGGAGCCGGCGUUUGUCCGCAGACAGCUUCUGGGUCAUCUGGCCAGCAUGACUAAGUCGCUUCUGGCGAACCAGAGCAGCGCAUGGAAACACUGUUUACCUUCCUGCCAGAGCGGUUCCUAUUUAUCUACAGUGGUACCUCGGGUUAAGUACUUAAUUCAUUCCGGAGGUCUGUUCUUAACCUGAAACUGUUCUUAACCUGAAGCACCACUUUAGCUAAUGGGGCCUCCUGCUGCCGCCACGCUGCUGGAGCCCGAUUUCUUUCGUAUCCUGAAGCAAAAUUCUUAACCUGAAGCCCUAUUUCUGGUUUAGCGGAGUGUGAAGCAUAUGUAACCUGAAGCGUAUGUAACCCGAGGUAUCAUUGUACUUGCACUUUGACGUGCUUUCAAACUGCUAGGUUGGCAGGAGCAGGGACCGAGCAAUGGGAGCUCACCCCGUCGUGGGGAUUCGAACCGCUGACCUUCUGAUCAGCAAGCCCUAGGCUCUGUGAUUUAGACCACAGCGCCACCCGCAUUAUCUUACUAUUAUGUUAAAAACCUCCUUGUUGGCUCUUAGUGAUAACUACGCUGUAGUUCUGCUUGUAGCCCGAAUAAAAUGUAUGUUUGCAAGAUACAAAGUCUGCAGUAGAGAGAAGAAUCGAACACCUGGACCUGAAAACAUUUUGUUUGCAGUUGUCUUUGUUUACUCCCAUCCUAGCCCACAAAUAGUUAUUUCUUGAAGACUAGCUCUUCCUGUGUUUUUUACAUGAUGAUUUUUUAUAUGGAAAUAGACCUGGGAUUUUUAUUUUUCUGUUUCUCUUCUAGAAUUGAUGCACUAAAGAGUUCUGGGAAAGAAGACACAGAAGUUAUACCCAAAGACACCAGCUUAAUAACUCUUAGGUAAUACUGAAUUUUAUUACAGUCACAAUCCUGAAAAAUUCUGGUAACUAUACUAAUGCUGCGAACAAAUUUUGUUUAGGGCGUUCUUUUAGCAAAUGUCUGGAGAAGAUGCCAUGGCGGCUUUUAACUCUGUGUGUAAACAGGAAUGUUUUAAAAUUUGUAGGGAAAAAAGGAUACAUUUCUGUGCGUCUUUAGAAUCCCUUUUCUCAAAUCCCCUAUUUUCCCCUUCUACCAUGUAAUGAUUAUUAUUUCUUUACUACAUCGCUCCAUCUGUCGCUGCCCUUUUUCUCGUCCCCCCCCCCCGAUCCGCUGCACCCCACGGAAACUCCUUUUUCUCUUUUCCACCGUCUAGAUGUUGCUGAACUACCAAGUCCCAUCAGCCCCAGCAAACAUGGCCAAUGGCAAUGGAUGGUGGGAAUGGCAGCUCAACAAUAUUGGGGAGACCAAAGUAUCCCCACACCUUCUAAAAGUAGAAUGCCCUCUUUUUUUCCUCUCUCUCUCUUUCCUUUUCCUCGUCCACACCUCCUUUUGCACUGCCUGUUGCCCUUGUUCACCCUGUUUUUCUUCUCCCUUCCCAUUCCUUGGUAGCUCUCCUUUCUCAGUUUGUCCUCCCUAGAUUCCUCCCUUGGCACUUUUGUACAAGGCUAGUGCUCUCCAAAGAAAACACGUGCUGGAUGUUGCACAGCUCUGAGUUGGUUAGGGUUGCCAUACGUCCAGGAAAUGUUAUUAUUAAUAAUAAUUUAUUAUUCGUACCCUGCCCAUCUGGCUGGGUUUUCCCAGCCACUCUGCGAGGCUCCCAACACGAUAAAACAUCAAACAUUAAAAACUUCCCUGUACAGGGCUGCCUUCAGAUGUCUUCUAAAAGUCGGAUAGUUGUUUAUUUCCUUGACAUCUGGUGGGAGAGUGUUCCACAGGCAGGCGCCACUACUGAGAAGGCCCUCUGCCUGGUUCCCUGUAACCUCACUUCUCUCAGUGAAGGAACCACCUCAGAGCUGGACCUCACUGUCCAGGCUUGACGAUGAGGGUGGAAAAUUCUCUUUCAGGAAUAUUGGACUGAGGCCAUUUAGGGCUUUCAAGGUCAGCACCAACACUUUGAAUUGUGCUAGGAAACGUACUGGGAGCCAAUGGAAGUCUUUCAGGACCGGUGUUAUGUGAUCUCGGCAGCUGCUCCCAGUCACCAAUCUAGCUGCCGCAUUCCUGCAUGUUCUGUUUUUUUUGGGGGGGGGGCAACAGGCCCAUCUGGGGUGAUUUUUACAUUUUAAAGGGAAUGUCCGGGAUUUUGGGGAAGAAGGUAUUUAUUUAUUUAUUGGUUGGUUGGGCUCGGGCAGUUCUGCAUGCCGUGGCUGCUGCCAGCCCGAGCCAGGGAAAGAGGCGUGCCCUGGCUCGGGCUGGCAGCGGCUCGGGCUGUCCUCUUUUUUGCUCUUCAAGAUAUGUCAGCCCUGGAGUUGAUGGAGAGGAGGAGUGAUGGAGGCAUUUCCUAAUCCGCGCUUAAGUAAGCCUUUCGUGUCCUCAUAAAGAGUUUGGAAUGCGUUGAAACACAGUCCUUGGAGUUUGAUUCAAUUUAUUAUAUCUGUAUGCUGCUUUUCAUUCGCGUGAAUUGCAAAGCCACGGAAACAGACAAUUAACAAAAACAUAAUAGGACAUCGAAAACACGGCAUAAAUCCUGUGGAAUAAUUAACAAAUCGUCAGUAAAACAGUAACAAACCGUCUGUAGAACAAUUACAAAUUGUCAGCAAAAUAACUACUGCCUAUAAAACACUAUUAAUGAAACAGAUUUUAAAAAUUUAGCUAAACGGUUAACAGCAUUUUAUAGGAUUCACAAAAUACUGCAGUUGCUCUGAGGUUCAGCUCCAAGUAAAUGCACUUUGAAAAGUGUUGUUAGCCAAUUUCCCCUCUAUAAAAUACAGGAGGCAGCCAUUUUGCAUGGAGGUCCCAUUCCUGUCCCCCACAUGUGCCACCGGAGCUUUCGUAAGCCCGUUCUGCCCUCUUCUGGGUCCAAAGUGAUCCCUGCGUUGGCAGUCAUGCAUCAACUGGACACACGGAAAAUGAUUGCCGUGUGUAUAUCAGUAGCGUUAUGAUAAAAUUGACUUGAAUACCUCUCUUUUAGGUCCAUCUAUUUAGAAGCAAAUCCAAUCAAUUUGGGAUCCUCUUGCAAAGUUCACAUCCUGCCCCGUCCCUUUGGGUCUCAUCUUAAAAAUGGGAAGUUUUGAGUACUGUGCAUUUCAGGAAGUGAAAACGUGAAGUUGAGUACAUCACGUAACAUCAAGAUAAACUAGGCCAUUCAGGUUACGGAACCCUGUGCUGCCCAUUUGAAAAGCACAGCAAUAAAAUUUGAAAAGCACAGCAAUAAAAUUUGAAAAGCACAGCAAUAAAAUUUGGAGAAAAUUGCCCUUUUAUGGUAAUUACAUCAAUCUGUAGUUAUGGCUGUGGGUGCCUUUGAAGUUCAGGAACUGCAGUUAGUCCAAAAGGCAGCUGUCUGAUACAUUAGCGUCAUAUCAGAACUGUGACUGCUUGUCACCACAUGUGCUUGCUCAUGCUCUGCUUUCCCCCAAUAUGGAGCCCUCAUGCUUUGGGCUGCAACUUCCAUUAUUCCUGACAAUUGGCCUGGAAGUUGUGGUCCAAGACAGAUGGAGGCUAGUCUCCUCAGAUGUCCUCAGCAUGGAUGUCAAAGUCACCCAGGACCUGAGUUCUUCCAACAUCUCACGGGAGACAACUUUGUUCAGAUAGUGAAGAAGAGAGGUUGUCUAGUGAGAGAGAACGGACUUCUAUGAAUUGCAGCGACAUCUCCUUGCCCCCCCUAAAUCCUUUAGUCUGGGCUGAUGUUGCGGCGAGUAACCAGGCGCACAGAGCUUUCAUAGAAUCAUAGAAUCAUAGAGUUGGAAGAGACCACAAGGGCCAUCGAGUCCAACCCCCUGCCAAGCAGGAAACACCAUCAGAGCACUCCUGACAUAUGGUUGUCAAGCCUCUGCUUAAAGACCUCCAAAGAAGGAGACUCCACCAUACUCCUUGGCAGCAAAUUCCACUGUCGAACAGCUCUUACUGUCAGGAAGUUCUUCCUAAUGUUUAGGUGGAAUCUUCUUUCUUGUAGUUUGGAUCCAUUGCUCCGUGUCCGCUUCUCUGGAGCAGCAGAAAACAACCUUUCUCCCUCCUCUAUGUGACAUCCUUUUAUAUAUUUGAACAUGGCUAUCAUACCACCCCUUAACCUCCUCUUCUCCAGGCUAAACAUGCCCAGCUCCCUUAGCCGUUCCUCAUAAGGCAUUGCUUCCAGGCCUUUGACCAUUUUGGUUGCCCUCCUCUCGACACGUUCAGUUUGUCAGUGUCCUUCUUGAACUGUGGUGCCCAGAACUGGACACAGUACUCCAGGUGAGGUCUGACCAGAGCAGAAUACAAUGGCACUAUUACUUCCCUUGAUCUAGAUGCUAUACUCCUAUUGAUGCAGCCCAGAAUUGCAUUGGCUCUUUUAGCUGCCGCGUCACACUGUUGGCUCAUGUCAAGUUUGUGGUCAACCAAGACUCCUAGAUCCUUUUCACAUGUACUGCUCUCAAGCCAGGUGUCCCCCAUCUUGUAUUUGUGCCUCUCAUUUUUUUUGCCCAAGUACAAUACUUUACAUUUCUCCCUGUUAAAAUUCAUCUUGUUUGUUUUUGCCCAGUUCUCUAAUCUGUCAAGGUCGUUUUGAAGUGUGAUCCUGUCCUCUGGGGUGUUAGCCACCCCUCCCAGUUUGGUGUCAUCUGCAAAUUUGAUCAGGAUGCCCUUGAGUCCAUCAUCCAAGUCGUUGAUAAAGAUGUUGAAUAAGACUGGGCCCAAGACAGAACCCUGUGGCACCCCACUAGUCACUCUUCUCCAGGAUGAAGAGGAACCAUUGAUGAGCACCCUUUGGGUUUGGUCAGUCAGCCAGUUACAAAUCCACUGAGUGGUAGCAUAGUCAAGACCGCAUUUUACGCAUUUUACCAUUUUACAUUCAUAUUCUCGGGAGUUCCUGUUCCUGUUUAGAAUGCUUCAUUAACUUUGCUAAGGAAGUACACAACAACAGAUAACUUAGAUAUGCUGGCCAUCCACUCUGAACCAGUUUAAUGACAUAUCUGGGCAGGGAUCUGCAGCGCCUAGUUAGCUGUGCUCAAGGAGUUGUGGGUGCUUAUAGAAGACUUCCUGGUUAUUUGUUUUUUAUUGCUUUCAGAGAAUGCUUUGAAAUGCCAGCCAGCAAUUUGCAGGCUCCUGUUUGGGACAGAGGAUGUCAAAGCCUCGCUUGGGGGCGCUGAGUGUUUUGUCUCAGUUCCUAACUGUUGAGAAACACUCAACUUUAUUUAAUGGCCAAAUGUGACUUCCUCUGCCAAGUGGGAUUAACUACAGUUGUCCCAUAAGUGGCGUACGAGAAAGGCAAUACAGAAAAAGGCAAAAAACCCCCCAAAACGUUAAACUCAGAUUUCAAUUAAAAAUGCCUGCUGGAAUAUAUAAAAAGGUAUUCAGUGGGCGCCAGAAGUUUCUGUCGUCUGCUGCCAGGAUGAUACAACUCCAAUAUGUCAUUCCCUGUCUCCCUUUUCUUCCCUUGUUCCAUAGGAUUAGACAGAAAGCUCUGACCAGGAGAAAAGAGACGGUCACUGUCGAUCGGGCAUGCAGACAGGAAACGUUUAUUUACGAGAUGGUAAGGCUUCUCUCACCUCGCUGUCACCCAGCCGACACACUCAAGCCGACCGGACAAACUCAUGUAGAAUAAUGGUGACAUAUCAUAAGCGAAGGUCUCUUUUCAGGCUGUGUGCAUGUGGAGAAUACUUGCUACACCUGUGGGGCUGCAUGGAUUGUAGAGCUGUUUAGGGAAGUGUCAGGGAACUGACAUCGGAGCAAGAGGCGAAGGGGAGGCUCCUAGAUGAUGCUGGAGAAGGACCCAGCAGCAGGGGGAGAAACAGCUCAGUGGAGGGGGAAGCAUUUAAGCGCAACACUAGGGAUAAAGAUGGGCAGAUAGGGGAAUCGGAGAGAGGGCUCCAGGACUCUUCACUGGAACUCAGUGAGGAGGGGACAGGUCCUCCGCUACCCACGCCCUCCCUGCGCAGAAGACUCCCGCGCAGUGAGAGGAGGAGGAGACUGGGUGUCAAACAACUCUUAUGUUGGAAGAGAUUCAAGAAACGCCCACUGACGGAUUCUGCUAGUGACUGAGACAGUCAUGAUCAGAAAGGGCUGUGCAGUCAGAAAGGUUUAACAAGGCAAAUUAGCCUAGAGAGGCACCAGUUUACGCACAAGUAACUCAUACUCAUCACAGGAUAGUUUUUAAAUGUUUGAUGCUGUACAGUGGUACCUCGGGUUAAGUACUUAAUUUGUUCCGGAGCUCUGUUCUUAACCUGAAACUGUUCUUAACCUGAAGCACCAGUUUAGCUAAUGGGGCCUCCCGCUGCCGCUGCGCCGCUGGAGCACGAUUUCUGUUCUCAGCCUGAAGCAAAGUUCUUAACCCGAGGUACUAUUUCUGGGUUAGUGGAGUCUGUAACCUGAAGUGUCUGUAACCUGAAGCGUAUGUAACCUGAGGUACCACUGUAUUGUGUUUUUAAUACAGUGGUACCUUGGGUUACAGACGCUUCAGGUUACAGACUCAGAUAACCCAGAAAUAGUACCUCAGGUUAAGAACUUUGCUUCAGGAUGAGAACAGAAAUCGUAUGACGACAGCGCGGCAGCAGCGGGAGGCCCCAUUAGCUAAAGUGAUGCUUCAGGUUUCAGUUUCUGGUUAAGAACGGACCUCCAGAACAAAUUAAGUACAUAACCAGAGGUAACACUGUAUUCGGUUGGAGGCUGCCCAGAGUGGCUGGGGAAACCCAGUCAGAUGGGUGGGGUAUAAAUAACAACAACAACAACUAUUAUUAUUAUUAUUAUUAUUAUUAUUAUUUUAUGCGCUGAAAAUGGAGCUCAAGGCCAGUGGUUGCAGAGUUUGGUCCUAAUAGAGGUCAUUCCACCUACAAAGGGGUUGCUAACCAGGUUUUUUCUUUUCUCUUACCAUGUCUUUGGUAGAACUGACACAAAAAACAAAGCCUGCCCUCCCUUAUUUUUUGCAUUUUUUUUAUUUGACUUAGCCAAGAAUGAAAUUUCUGCUAUGGACUUUGGAUAAUGAUGGAAAGCAUGGAUUGCCACUCCCUAUGCCUCAUCUGUCCAGGUUGAUUGCCACGUCAGAUUAGAGAUAUUCCCAGUAUCACUUGAGUUCUGCCUCUCCUGUUAACAAAUUUCCCCAUUCUCUCAUGAGCUGAGCCUUCUGUAAUUUGAAGAUGAUGGGAAUGCUCUUCUUGAUAUUGCUUCAUUCCGCCUUUUUUAGGGCGAUGGUGUUGUAACAAUUUGUGCAGAUUUGUGGGUGAAGUAAUAGGUUUGGUUUUCAAUAUAUACUGUUUGAAAAGAAGGGAGUUGAUAGUAUUGUACUGGUUACUAGCAAAGAAACCAUUGCAAGUGCCUUUUUUUUUUUAAAAAAAGCAGAGAGUUUGAUCAUUUAUAGACAAAGAAUUUCCAAAUCCGUAUACUAAUACUAAAAUACCGUAUUUUUCGCUCCAUAGGGCGCACCGGACCAUAGGGCACACCUAGUUUUUGGGGGGGGGGGGAAUAAAGAAAAAAAAAUUCCCCCCCUCCCCAACCCCAAAGAGCAAAGAAGCCAAGACAGCGAGCGGGAUCCAUCCUGCUCGCUGUCUUGGCUUCCUCUUUAGCCACGCGCAACCUCUCCAGCCAGGCUGCUAUCUGCAAGCCUUCGGAGCGCGGUGUGAGUUCCCGCUGCGCUCUGAAGGCUUGCUGAUAGCUCCCUGAAGCCUGGAGAGCGAGAGGGGUCGGUGCGCACUGACCCCUCUCACUCUCCAGGCUUCAGCGAAAGCGUGCAUUCGCUCCAUAGGACGCACACACAUUUCCCCUUCAUUUUUGGAGGGGAAAAAGUGCGUCCUAUAGAGCAAAAAAUACAGUAAAACAGUCAAUAUAAUGUGGCAAACUGGCAAAUGCAAUAAACUGGAGUGCUUUGGACUUAGUGUGGUCUAGACCAUCAACUUAACAGGUACAACAGCUUUAGUGGAAAAUCCCACCCAGUGUUGUUUUUGCCAAUAAUGCCUUUAAAAUGGCAAAAUGCUUACAAUGUUUAAAACCUGCAAAACUUCUGAUAAGGCAUUUAUACUUAUGCCUUUUAUUGUUUACUGAGAUCCACAACUCUUUGCGUCAGAAUUAUUUCACUGGCAUGUGUGCCUGCUAGCGUUCAGGUUAGUCAAGAUUAGUAGAAAUAUCGCUAGCCUGCCCUGCACCCCGAUGCAGUUUAGUAGACACGACGGCUGCAGUCUUCAACACACUUGCCUUGGAGAAAGCCCCAUUUAAGCCAGUGGGGCUUGCUUUUUAUUAGACCUGCAUACGGUUGUACUGCCAUUAGUGUCAUUGGCAAACAGGGCACUCAACAAGUCACAAUGGAAAGAGGGAGGUUUUUCUCACCCUCUCAUCCUAGAGUACUUGUUCUCUCUAGGGAUGCUGUGGUCUAAAUGACUGAACCUCUUGGGCUUGCAUUUAAAUCAUCUUAUCAAGUGCAGGGUCGGCGCCUCAGUAGCAUGUCUGCUAGUCUGACAUUGUUUGUACAUUGUUCAUUUCCUUGCUGGUAAAUUCACUAUGUGGCCUAAACCACUGAGCCUCUUGGACUUGCUGAUGGGAAGGUUGGCGGUUCGAAUCCUUGUGACGGAGUGAGCUUCCAUUGCUCUGUCCCAGCUUCUGUCAACCUAGAAGUUCGAAAGCAUGCCAGUGCAAGUAGAUAAAUAGGUACCGCUGUGGUGGGCAGGUAAACGGCAUUUCCGUGUGCUCUGGUUUCUGUCACGGUGUCCAGUUGCGUCAGAAGCGGUUUAGUCCUGCUGGCCACAUGACCCGUAAAGCUGUCUGUGGACAAACGCCAGCUCCCUUGGCCUGAAAGCAAGAUGAGCGCCGCAACCCCAGAGUCGCCUUUGACUGCACUUAACUGUCCAGGGGUUCUUUAUCUUUUUUUUACCUUUGUGUGUUCUCUCUCUCUCCACUGUUGAGUGCACUUUUGGCUAACGCCACUAACGAUGCAAUCCUUUGCAUGAUUUAAGGAACAACUUCUUCACAUAGAACAUUUGAACCUUGUCUUGGCUGCCACAAAGUGUGGCAAUGGUCACCAACUGAGACAGAUUUCAAAGGCGCUUUGAUAAAUUCAUGGUAGAUAAGGCUCAAAAUAAAUAAACAAAUUAAAAAAUUGUCCAGUAGCACCUUAGAGACCAACUAAGUUUGUUUUGGGUAUAAGCUUUCGUGUGCAUGCACACUUCUUCAGAUACCUUGCAUGCGCACUUCUUCGAAAGCUUAUACCCAGAACAAACUUAGUUGGUCUCUAAGGUGCUACUGGACAAUUUUUUAAUUUGUUUAUUUACUUCAACUGUGUCAGACCAACACAGCUGCCUACCUGAAUCUGGUAGGAUAAGGCUGUAAUUCACUACCAGCCAUGAUGGCUGUUUAUACUUCCAGGGUCGGAGGCCGUUGCUGUGGAAUAACUAUUGCCUUUGUGUCUUGCUUGUGGGCUUCCCAUAGACAUCUGGUUGGCCACAAUGGGACAUGGGAUACUGGACCAGAUAGUCCUUCAGUUUGCUCCAACAGGGGUGUUCAUUCAUUGGCCAUGGCUUAGGAACAUCCUUCUGGUAAUCCCUUUCUGGUCUGAACGUCUCCUAAUCCUGAUGCUUUGACUCCACCUCUCUUUAUCGAUAGCUGUAAGUAAAAUUCAGGGGAACUCUGCCGAAACAAGAUGGGCCAGUUCUAAAGCUAGCGAGGUAAACGGGGUUGUAUCCCAAUUAGGUUAUAUUCAGAAUAGACCUACUGAAAUCAAUGAAGCAAAGAUAGUUAUGCCUGUUGACUUCAAUGAGUCUAUGUCAAACAUGACUAGCAUUGUGCCCAGUGAUUAUAAACUUCAGUUGCUUUGAGAGCUUUCAGCAAGCUUUAGAAUAAUAUUCUAACAUUUUGCCUUGCCAGGAGUCCCAAGCAAUUGGAAAGAGGCCAAAGGAACCAGAAAACUUAGUCAAGGAGGGACAGCUGCUUUUAACCCUGAAUAUUUUCUACCCUGUUAUAUUACAGAAGGUUGGUGGCUUCUUUUACUUAUUUUCAUGUCCUUGUUGGGUGGCUUGACAUCAUUCACUAGUGAAGUCAAACUCCCCUUGGAGCACUUUCUGCAAGAAAGUGGAGCUGCUUUGGUUAGAAGGAAGAUUUUACCUGGUUUCCUUAAAAAGUAUAUGUCAAAUAAGUUAGUUUGGAAGAGAUAAGCUGGACGUAUUUAGCCAGUAAAAGCCCAGUCUAAAGCCUAAGGCAGGCAUCCCCAACCUGUGGCCCCCCAGAUGUUUCGGCCUACAACUCCCAUGAUCCCUAGCUAACAGGACCUGUGGUCAGGGAUAAUGGGAAUUGUAGUCCAAAACAUCUGAAGGGCCAAAGAUUGGGGAUGCCUGGCCUAAGGUUUGGCUAAGUGCCUUGCUGCACGAGUUUUAGAGAUCACCCUUUAUUUAUUUUUACUUAGGCUGGAACAUUAAUGCCCGCUGCACGCUUAGGUAUUCAGUAGCAACAACAGCUCCACAAAUGCUCAAUUUUUAGCUGAUCUUCGUUCUUUGUGUCCUUUACAGCAUAAGCUGCGCAAGCCCUAUCAGACCAUGUUGGUUCUAGGCAGCCAGAAACUUACAGAGCUGAGAGACUCCAUUUCCUGCGUCAGUGACUUUCAGAUUGGCGGGGAGUUCAGCAGUCAUCCUGAUCAGGCCCCAGAAAACAUCAGUAAGGUAGGAAAAUUUCCAUUUUCUUAUGUACUGCGGUACCUCAGGUUAGAUAUGCUUCAGCUUACAUACGCUUCAGGUUACAGACUCCGCUAACCCAGAAAUAGUGCUUCAGGUUAAGAACUUUGCUUCAGGAUGAGAACAGAAAUCAUGCUCCGGCAGCGCGGCAGCAGCGGGAGGCCCCAUUAGCUAAACUGGUGCUUCAGGUUAAGAACAGUUUCAGGUUAAGAACAGACCUCCAGAACGAAUUAAGUACUUAACCUGAGGUACCACUGUACUACUUCUACUAUGUACUACUUCUACAGUUCUGUGACAUUUGGCAAGGCUAAACAUCAGCUGAAAUCCUUUAGCAGUUGCUAAUAUUUUAGUCCCAUCUUAACAAGCAUAUAUGUGGGCAAUCCUUUGCAUCAGGACUGAUGAACUGAAUCUUUCCUUCUGAGCGUUCAUUUGCUGCCUGCCACGGUGGAAAGGGCACAACGUUUUCAAUGAUUUGUGGCUUCCUCUCAUCAGAUUUCUUCAUCCUAGCUCCUUUGUUUGUGAAGGCGAAAAAUGGGAACAACUUUGCUCUAGAGCGUUGACUUUCAGUAUCAACGUUCUAAAUCAAUCUUCUAAAUUAAAUCAUUUAGAAGAAUAUGGAAUAUCAACCGUGAAUGUUCAGUGGUUAGUUUGAGUGUUUUUCUAGCCACCGCAAGAUUUCGCAGGCUUUGGAGGCUGAUAGUUAUGGCGAAUGGAAAACUGAUUGCUUUGGAAACUGUGGUUUCCAUGUUGAUUGCAAAAUAAUUUGAUAAUGGAGCUAGUUUUACUUAUACAAAGGCCUACUUUAUGAUGAAUAGUGGGAACCACAAAGAAACUCCAUGGAACCACUAAGUGCUUUAUGUAUUUCAGUGCUGACGUAUGUAGAAAGCAUGCGUGUUAUGUGUUGCGGCCAUGACUAAAGACCAACAGAAUCUUCAUGAGUAGUUACUAAACAGAUAGAAAGAUUAAAAUUUGCUUUCCAGGGUGGGACAGGGUGGGCCUCUUCACGGCCACAGUACUUCUUGGCCUUAAUUGGCGGAAAUCUCCACACUGAAACCAGAGAUAUGAUUCUAAGAACAGCACAUGAACGGUUUAGGAAAUGCCUUUGGGGCUCAGCAACACCAAGAAUAUCCUUGAAGAGAAAGCAGCUACAAAUUAAAGAAGGUGGUUUCAGAAUCCCCAAUUUGGAAUUAUAUCAUUAUGCUUACCAACUGUCAAGUAGGUAACGCAGGUGGCGCUGUGGGUUAAACCACAGAGCCUAGGACUUGCCGAUCAGAAGGUCAGCAGUUCGAAUCCCUGCGACGGAGUGAGCUCCCGUUGCUCGGUCCCUGCUCCUGCCCACCUAGCAAUUCGAAAGCACGUCAAAGUGCAAGUAGAUAAAUAGGUACCGCUCCGGCGGGAAGGUAAACGCCGUUUCCGUGCGUUGCUCUGGUUCGCCAUAAGCGGCUUAGUCAUGCUGGCCACAUGACCCGGAUGCUGUACGCUGGCUCCCUCGGCCAAUAAAGCGAGAUGAACGCCGCAACCCCAGGGUCACGACUGGACCUAAUGGUCAGGGGUCCCUUUACCUUUACCUUACUGUCAAGUACUAAAUAUUGGAAUCCUACAGUUGGCCCUAAUUUCCUGAUGUGGGCAACCCUAGAAUAUAUGUACAUGGCACCUUUGGUUGAUUGGACAAUACUAGGAUCGAAAUAUUUGAACUUUCAGGUGACUCUGGAAACAAUUAAAUCAUUUAGAAGAAUAUGGAAUAUAUUGGCUAAUAAAAACUAAUUUGAUCCAUUUUCACAUGCUAAACUUACUCUGUGGGGAAACCCUAUACUAAGAAUUGCAAAAAAGAUGGUGAAAUGAAAAAACUGGAUAGAAGCAGGUGUAUUGACAUUGGACCAACUGGUAGAUGGGGAAGAUGAAUGUUAUACUUUUGCUGUUUUAAGUCAAAAAUAUCUAUCAAAUUCAGCCCAGUGGCAAUAUCUUCAAUUACAACAUCUCCUAACAAGUGUGUUUGGGCCGUUGGCCCUUUCAGCUUCCGAGAUACCUGAGAUAUUGGAGUAAUUGGGCAACUCAUUCAAAAACAAAAAUCCAGCAAUUCCCUUUUAUAGAUAUCUAUUAACAAUACUCAAGUUCAAUAUGCAAACUAUAAGAGGACUGGAAUAAAGAACUGGAACUUUUAUUAGCUUCAAUACCUAAGGUGUCAUUAGAUUUAAAAUUAAUAGUAAUACAGUGGUACCUCGGGUUACAUACGCUUCAGGUUACAUACGCUUCAGGCUACAGACUCCGCUAACCCAGAAAUAGUGCUUCAGGUUAAGAACUUUGCUUCAGGUUGAGAAGAGAAAUCGUGCUCCGGCGGCACAGCAGCAGCAGGGGGCCCCAUUAGCUAAAGUGGUGCUUCAGGUUAAGAACAGUUUCAGGUUAAGUACGGACCUCUGGAACGAAUUAAGUACUUAACCUGAGGUACCACUGUACAACAGAAAAUGAUGUUUAGAGUUUAUUGAACAUCUUUACCGUUGUAUAAAAAAGGGUUAGCUAAGAUAGUUCAGUGCUCCAGAUGUGGCAAGGACAGCACGUGUUUGUACAGUUCUCUUUACAUAACGGUUACUUAUUAGUACUCCACAUUGUGAAAUAUUUGUACAGUGCUUACAGAACUGCAGCUGCGUCAUACAGGCCACAGUUUUUAUGCAUCAGUCUUCUGGUUUAGAAACACCAGCAAAUUCUUUUAUUUGUUAUGGGCCAGGGUCUUUCCAUCUUUUACUGACCAUAGCAUGUUACUCUGUCUGGAUUAGAACAGAUAUCCUGCACACACACCAUUGUAUAUACAUUUGAAAUGAGCACAAUCUAAGGGAUGCGUUCCAGCAAUAUUAGAAACGCAGAUAUAAAAGUUAGGUGCCAAAUGGCUCCUUAAACCAAGGUUGCAGUUGCCAAACAAAAGGUCUAGUUGCCAUUUUGGGGCAAGACGGCUGUAAAGUUUUAUUUUUCAAAUGAUAGACUGACUGCGAUUGAGUCUCAGUUAAACCCCUGGCUAGUGCAGAGGACUACCUUGCGCUAGGUUAAGAACUUUGAGAACUUAAAGAAGAAAAGUGACUUGAUCCCGGGACAGUCUGCAUAUAUACCGUAUUGGCCCGAAUAUAAUCCGCACCCGAAUAUAAGCGGCACCUUUAAAAUUCAAGGGGGGGGGGGGAGACAAUACCCGAAUAUAAGCCGCUCCCUUAAAAUUUCGCAGGCACUCACACCCGUUCCGUUUUACCGUAUGACUGUUUCAGCAGCGAUAUUGUAAAAGCUGAUUUUUGUAAGGUCGGGAAUUUCAGCCGCAGUUUAACUUUUCACGGUCGGAAUUUGAAAAAAUAAAAAUAAAAAAUGAGGCUCAUAUUCAGGCCAAUACGGUAUUGGCCAACUCCGACCUCUUUUUCUUAAUGGUGACACAGACCAUUCAUAACGUAAGAAUAUUCUUCGCAACUGUGAGCAGGGCAGCUGGACGACGCAAGUGAAGACAAGCGACAACAAUGAAAUAUAAAGUUGCUCACCGUUCCUUCUCGGGCUGCACAGAAAAAACCCAUUUUGGUCAGGAUCCAAGGAUUGCCCAGGCAUGCAGCUCCAGAUGCUGGAGAUGUCAGGCUCCAUCCUAGCACCUGGGCAUCUUCACUUGGUCGCAAGUGGUCAGAGUGUGCCUGGGGCCUGGCUAAUUUUGAACACAGCAUUCCAGGAUCUUUUGUCGCCAGGGAUUCUCAGCCUUGCCCCUUGGUAGCUUUCCUGAGGAAGGGGAGGCAGAUAAUUGUGGGCUAGUUGCCAACAACACCAGCAUAAUCUUAAUGAACAGUUGUUGUUGUCGUUUAGUCGUGUCCGACUCUUCGUGACCCCAUGGACCAGAGCACGCCAGGCACUUCUGUCUUCCACUGCCUCGCACAGUUUGGUCCAUCUCAUGCUGGUAGCUUCGCGAACACUAUCCAACCAUCUCGUCCUCUGUCAUCCCCUUCUCCUUGUGCCCUCCAUCUUUCCCAACAUCAGGGUCUUUUCCAGGGAGUCUUCUCUUUUCAUGAGGUGGCCAAAGUAUUGGAGCCUCAGCUUCAGGAUCUGUCCUUCCACUGUGCACUCAGGGCUGAUUUCCUUCAGAAUGGAUCGGUUUGAUCUUCUUGCAGUCCAUGGGACUCUCAAGAGUCUCUUCCAGCACCAUAAUUCAAAAGCAUCAAUUCUUCAGCGAUCAGCAUUCUUUAUAGUCCAGCUUUCACUUCCAUAUAUCACUACUGGGAAAACCGUAGCUUUAACUAUACGGACCUUUGUUGGCAAGGUGAUGUCUCUACUUUUUAAGAUGCUGUCUAGGUUUGUCAUUGCUUUCUCCCAAGAAGCAGGCGUCUUUUAAUUUCAUGGCUGCUGUCACCACGAAAUGAACGGUUAGAAAGGGCCUAAUAAAACAACACAGAAAAUAUAUUUGAAAAGUUGUGCGGUUGCAACUUGAGCUGUAGGUGUUGCUGUGAUGAGGAGCCUGCGGUUCUCCAAUUAUAGCUGGACUCCCAGCUCCUAUCCCUGCUGACCACGGGCGAUGCUGGAUGAAGCCGAUAGGACCUGGAGUCCAACAACCUGAGGAGAAACGCAGGUUCCCCACCCCCAGCUAAGAUGAUGCGCUUAAGUGGUAUUUGAGAAUAUAGAUGAGACAUAAGGAAGGAUGUGGUAUUUGAGGUUAAGCUGGUUGCCGAGCUAAUACUUUCCCCUCUUCUCUCUUUGUAUUUCUCCCUUUCCCUCAGGACCUCUACAAGUCUGCCUUCUUUUAUUUUGAAGGUGUUUUUUACGACGACAGAAGGUACCCCGAGUGCAGGGACUUAAGCAGGUAGAGCAUUUGCAUUUUCAUAUGUUAGAUCCCAUUCUCAAGGGCCCAGAAUGUAGGACCCUUUGUAGGACUGACUUGUUGACUUGAGGAGAUGCCAGGAGUUGGAACGCUUCCAAGCUCAGCCAGAACUAGAUGUCAUCCUGACCAACGAUGCAACAGACCUGGGAAAGGGAGCAAUGGGGGCGCUUGCCUGGUAGGAUCCUCUCUGCCCCAUCCUACUUUGAGGUUGCCUUGCCUAACCCCAGAAGAGGACAUCUAUAGGGAGCAGUCAGCACACAGGAGAAGGAUUAAACAGCAGACUUCUUCUUCCCUCCAAUCUUCCCUGAAAAUGUUGUCCCCUUCCCCAGUGUCUGGCUCUGAUAUUAUUUAUAAAAUGACCCAGGCACAUCAGCAAGUGCCUCUCUGAAUUCAUCCCGAGCAGUUUCUGAAAGCACAAGAAUAUAUUGCAGUGGAGAAAAUUUAAUGGACUCUUGGAGUGAGAUGGGACCCAAAGGGCUUUUGGUUUGUCAUACAGAGUCUGCCCCUAAGACAACAAAACUGCCAUUAUUAAUAAAUGUGUGCACAUACCCCUCUGCCUAACCGGUGCAUAGAUUUCAUGGUCUUGGGCUUAUUUAGCAUGCAAAAGGAUUCUGGGAACUUGCCCCGCCUUGUAUCUUGAGAGAAAUGGUUUCUGUCACCGACAGCAUCAUAUCAUUGAUGUAACAGAAGUAAUACUGGCUUACCGUGAUUUCCAGGACCAUCAUUGAGUGGGCAGAAUCUCGUGAAAGAGGCUAUGAGAAUCUUCAGGCCGCUAAAAUGGAAGACUUCACAUUUAAUGACUUGAACAUCAAAAUAGGUUUCCCGUACCUUUUCUGUCACCAAGGAGACUGUGAGCACAUUGUCAUCAUCACAGAUAUCAGGUAAAUCACCGUUCAUUUCCAGGGCCUCUGAAACACUUUCAGCUAGGGACUCCCUUCGUAAUAAUACCUUAGCUUGCUUUCUCCAUCCCAUGAUGUCUUGCCAAAUGCAAGGUGGUUCUUUUAAAAUUAGAUUCAGAAGUAGCACAAACGCAAGCGGUGAGAAGAUUACAGAUUUUAUUCCAAACAGCAAACAGUAUACAGUGGUACCUCGGGUUACAUACACUUCAGAUUACAGAUGCUUCAGGUUACAGACUCCGCUAACCCAGAAAUAGUACCUCGGGUUAAGAACUUUGCUUCAGGAUGAGAACAGAAAUCGUGCUCCGGCGGUGCGGCGGCAGCGGGAGGCCCCAUUAGCUAAAGUGAUGCUUCAGGUUAAGAACAGUUUGAGGUUAAGAACGGACCUCCGGAACGAAUUAAGUAUUUAACCCGAGGUACCACUGUAUACAUUACUAAGCAAAGCACUUCAGUCUGCCACGGGGAAGUCCUGAAGAUGUGGUGAAGUGACCCCCCCUCCGACAGCCUUCUUUUUGCACAGCUCUGUGGCCAACAGCCUGUGCGCAGACUCCCAACUAAAAUAUUCAAAACUAGGUAUUUUUUAGAUGCUGGCUCAGCGAUGAGCCACCCUGCCCUUCAUCAAACACAAAUACUGGUCAGUGCAUGUUUUUAGCCAUUUGCCACCAGACCACACAUCAAAGGCAUCUAUCCAAGACAUUUCACAAAGGAUAGGAUAGGGAGAUAAUACACAUAGAUAAACAGAGCCAGGAAGAGAUGGACAGGAGGAGCUGACCGUGUCAGAUCAUUAUCUCCUCGAAAUCACAAUAAUCUUCCGCAAUAAUUAUCCCAUACACAUGUAUUCCAGUUUGUUGGCGUUGCAGAGAUUCUGGUGUAUAGGCUGCUGUUGCGUGCCAGUGGCAAUCCAUAGACUGGGCCAGGCAUAGGCAAACUCCGGCCCUCCAGAUCUUUGGGACUACAAUUCCCAUCAACAGGACCAGUGGUCAGGGAUGCGCGUUCACAACCUGCAGUGGCACAUCUGCGCAUGUGCGGGUUGCGCUUCUGCGCAUGCGCAAAGCAUGAUUUAGUGCUUCUGCACAUGCGCGACCCCUAAAACCCGGAAGUAACCUGUCCCAGUACUUCUGGGUUUCGGAGGGUCCGUAACCCGAAAAAAACGCAACCUGAAGAGUCUGUAACCCGAGGUAUGACUGUAUAAAAAAAGCUUUCAGUUUCUGAAGAAGUGUGCAUGCACACGAAAGCUUAUACCAAGAAUAAAGUUGGUCUCUAAGGUGCCACUGGACAUUUUUUUUAUUUUUAAAUAUAUUUUGAUUAUUAUUAUGAUUAUCUCAUGAAAAGUGAGGAAUUAGCUCCUAGGUUGCUUCACUUACUAAAGAACGUUUCCUAAACUAAAGCAACAGCAGAAUAACAGUUACAAUUGAGCCACCUUGUCAUUGCUUUGUUUUUAGAUGCUUUCAGGAGCAGGUAUAACAGCCAUAGGCAAACUCGGCCCUCCAGAUGUUUGGGGACUACAACUCCCAUCAUCCCUGACCACUGGUCCUGUUAGCUAGGGAUGAUGGGAGUUGUAGUCCCCAAACAUCUGGAGGGCCGAGUUUGCCUAUGCCUGAGGCAUAAUAUAUGCUUUUUCUCCAGCUUUGUGCUCCAUAAAAUUUGUUGUCACUUCACCAUCAUCAUCAUCAUCAUCAUCAUCUUAGUUGUAUGUCGCCUUUCCAUAGUUGAAACUAUGCUUAAGGCGGCUUCCAACAUAACAUGAUUUACAUUAAUACAAACAUAACAGACGCCAUAAACAAUAAAUAAAACACAUCAAAAAUUACACAACCAAAUGGUAGCAAUUUCCAUGUAAAUUGUAAGAUCUAAAACUAAAGAUACAACAAUAAUAUCAGCUCUCACGACCUCCCGUGAACAAUACUCCAGCCCAAGAAUCUGUUCAACAGCCUCAGCUUUUGUAGCUGGAGUCAGUCAGCACGAUAGCAGAUGGGGAGGAGACAUAGUUACCAAUGGAGUGUUUGUGUUCUAAGUCGGCCCAUAACACAGUCUUUCUCUGCACAAGGCUUAUUCACCGGGACGACUGCCUAGAUAGGAGCCUCUAUCCUUUGUUAACCAAGAAACACUGGCUUUGGACCAAGAAAUGCUUUGUGUGCAAGAUGUACACAGCAAGGUAAGUGGUCAGAAGUACAUUUCACCUUGAGGCACGAGGUUUCGAUCACGGCGUUCUUUAAAGGUUUUGCUCAUUUCAUUUAAUACCACUGACAACUGCUAGAGACUUCUGAUAGUGCCAGAACAAAUAAAACAAACCAUUAUCUUUUUUUGCAGUUAUUUACUAUGGCUAGUAAAUAACUAUUUGAGGCGUUCCCAAAGGAAAGGAAGGAUUGAACUCUGAUUAAUAAGAAUACACCCAGAGGCUUGAACCAGCAAGACUCUGGGAAGGGUGCAUAUAAUAAUCUGUCUCUCUGUCUCUCUCCAGCCCCUGGCCCAGGUCGUUUAUUCACAAAAGAGCUUUUUACGGAGUGUUCGUAAGAACCAAUCAGAUUUCUUCUGAGCAUUUCAACAAACCCACGUGGGGACAAAGUUAAACUACCAAAACUAAUUAAGCACACAUAUUUCUGGGGUAAACAAAGAACAGAACUACAAAGGAGAGCAUUUGGCAACCCCAGAGGUAAUAAACAAGCAAUAUACGGUACAUGAUGAGGAGGAUGGCCAGGAGGACAGCGAUCAUUAUCACCUUCAUGUGAGAUCUGUUUCCUGGCCCUAAGAUUAACAUCCUAAGAUUAACAUAUUAGAAAAGCUACAUCAAAGAAACUUGCCCACUAUCUUUAUGGCCCAGGGUGCCUUCCUGGCAAGCAACUGUGGCAAUGGACGUGACUGGUCAAGAAAGAGAAAUGGAACAGGGAUGCAGAGGUGUGGAUUGAUCAAGAAUCAUAUCAAAAUAGUUUAUACCCCGUCAACGCAAUGCUUUCAUUGCUGACACAGAUGGCUUACUCUAUAUUUGUUAUAAUACCUCAUAGCAAUCCCACCUGAUCACUACACUAUUUGCACUAGUGCUUCUAAUAUAGGAUACAUACAUACACCACGUUUUUCGUUUUAUACCUGUGGAGCUGUGGCCUCGCUCUCUAGCUAGCUGCAGGUUACAAAAAGUGCUACGUAUUUACCACAUUCAGCGGCUGAAGAUUCUGCACCUUAGUGGGAAGGGGUAUGAGUUGUGGGCAAAGUCAGUGCGGCUGGCACUUCAGUCCUUUGGGACCCCUGCUUCAAAAUUUGCAGGCAAUCAAGGAAUUAACACUUUUGUUUAUUGAGUUAGAUAUUUAAGAGCCCUCAUUAUAAUCACCACUUGAGCUGGCAGGAGAAAUCUGCAUCAGCUAAAGCUCCGUUUUCUAGUUAAGUUACAAGUGCCAUGAAUAACUAACGCAAAAGCUUAACAGGUUCAGUUUUUAUAAAUUUUGCAAUUGUACCUUCUGUGUCUAGAAGGUAAAGGUAAAGGGACCCCUGACCAUUAGAUCCAGUCGUGGCCGACUCUGGGGUUGCAACGCUCAUCUCACUUUAUUGGCCGAGGGAGCCGGCGUACAGCUUCCGGGUCAUGUGGCCAGCAUGACUAAGCUGUUUCUGGCGAACCAGAGCAGCGCACAGAAACGCCGUUUACCUUCCCGCCGGAGUGGUACCUAUUUGUCUACUUGCACUUUGACGUGCUUUUGAACUGCUAGGUUGGCAGGAGCAGGGACCAAGCAACGGGAGCUCAUCCCGUCACGGGGAUUCAAACCGCCGACCUUCUGAUCGGCAAGUCCUAGGCUCUGUGGUUUAACCCACAUCGCCACCCGCGUCAAGAAGGUACUGCCUUCAUUUCUUGUCCUUAAUUCAGCUAUGUUGGCUGUUCAGGAGCUCUUUAUUAAUUUUGGGGGCAUAAUUUAAUUUCAGGGAGUGGCAGUAACCAGGGUUGCCUGUUAACCUUUUUUUGUCUUGGAACCUACAGAUGGGUGACUAAUGAUGACAGCCUCGCUCCAGAAGACCCCUCUUUCUUCUGUGACGUCUGCUUCCGAAUGCUGCACUACGAUGCCGAGGGCAAAAAAUUAGGAGAGUUCCUUGCUUAUCCCUAUGUUGAUCCAGGGAUUUUUAACUAAGGCUUUGUCAAGAAGGAAGAUAGCAGGCGUCGUCGUGAUGUGCUUCUGUAGCUGCUGGACCAGCCAAGUGCUGUACUUAAAACUGUUGUUCUUUUCAGCUAGUAGUUACCAUUAGAAUUGCUACGCAACCUGGAAGAAUCUAC